AUGGAAAAAUAUUCCAAGUGGAGAGAUCCCGCCACGGGUAUUCAACCUUUCCUCCAACCAAUCCCACCUCGAGGCGCCUUCGGCAUCUUUGCUGCGCUGCUCUACCCCUCAUGCCUCAUCCACUCCAUCGUCCGGUGUUUGCUUUUGGCCGUUAUUGGGGUGUUCCAUGUGAUUGUUGUGGAUUGGCUUUGUCUUCUCUUCGUACCGAUACCGCCUCUUUACAGGCUACUUACCGGGGCUUUGACGGCCUUGACUUGCAGGCUUGCUUUGGGGCUUAUGGGUUAUUGGUGGAUUACGACUGAACUUGUCUCUCCUCGUCGAGGGAAGGCCGGUGUUGCUCAAAUUUCAAGCCGCUCUCCUCAGAAGGGCGAUCUGAUCAUCGCAAACUGGACUAGCUACGUCGAAAUCAUCUUUCUCGCUUUCCGACACAACCCAACCUUUUUACUCCCCGUCUUUGCGAAUGACAUUGAGAUGACCGAGCCCAAAGCAAAAUACGGCCGUCACACCGGUACAGGUUCCGCCAACAUCACCUCCACCCCCUCUCUCCCCCAACGAUCCCUCCUCGGGUACCAGCCCCACACCCUGCUCUCCAUCAUCUCCCUCACCGGCCUCCCCCCGGCGCAGUAUGACACCCCUCCCAAGGGUUUGUACAAGACGCUGAAAGAAGCGCGCAGGAAGGAACGACGGCCUGUUGUAUUCUUCCCCGAGGGAACGACGGGGAAUGGACGGGCCGUGUUGAAGUUUGGAAAGGGCGUGUUGGGAGAGGGGGACGUGGGGGGUGAUGAUGAAGGGAUCGUCUGGGUUAAAUUCUUCAGACAUUCUGCCCCCACACCCUUCUCCCCAAGCGCCACCUGCCCCAUACCCACCCCCCUCAAACACCUCGUCCUCUCAACCCUCUUCACCCCCUCCCUCUUCCCGCACCGAUCCCUCCACAUCCGCACCCUCCACCCAGCCGCAUCGCCCUCUUCGCCGUCGUUCCUCCCGGGAGAGAUAUUGGCGAACCAGCCCGGCGGGCUGGAGGGGCAGCUGGGUAAGGAUGGGGCUGGGGGGGUGUGGAGGGAGGCGGUGAAUGUUGUUUUGGCCGAGACGGGGAAGGUGAGGAGGGUGAGGGGGAUGGGGUGGGUGGAGAAGAAGGCGUUUUUGGAGUACUGGGCGGGUAAUAGAAAGUAG